AAGCAGUUCGGGCGGCCAGCACCAGAGACCGUGCCGGGUGAGGCGGAGAGCCCCGGCGAGCGGGCGAGCGCAGGCCCCGGGAGCCGAGCGCCCUCCAGAGCAGCCUGAGUGUGCGCCCCAGUCCCCGCGGGACCCCAGCAGGCCUCUGUCCGCCGGGAUCCCGGGCGUCCUUCUCUGGCAGCUCGCGAAGAGGACGCCCUCGCCGCCUGCCCAGCCCGGAGAGCUCCCGGGUCCGCUGGGGGCUGCGCUCGCCGCUCCCCCGCCCGCCCGGCCAGGCGAGCGCCCCAGGAGGCGGCGUGCACGCAGGAGGAGCGACGGCGGCCGGGCGCGCGGCGGGACUUCGGCGCGGCUUCCCCAGGGUGCGACCCCCCGGCGCGCCAGCCGCGCGAGGAUGAGGGCGCGGCCGCAGGUCUGCCAGGCGCUGCUCUUCGCCCUGGCGCUCCAGACCAGUGUGUGCUAUGGCAUCAAGUGGCUGGCGCUCUCCAAGACCCCGGCGGCCCUGGCACUGAACCAGACGCAACACUGCAAGCAGCUGGAGGGCCUGGUGUCCGCGCAGGUGCAGCUGUGCCGCAGCAACCUGGAGCUCAUGCACACCAUCGUGCACGCCGCCCGCGAGGUCAUGAAGGCCUGCCGCCGGGCCUUCGCGGACAUGCGCUGGAACUGCUCCUCCAUCGAGCUCGCCCCCAACUACCUGCUUGACCUGGAGAGAGGGACCCGGGAGUCAGCCUUCGUGUAUGCGCUGUCGGCGGCCGCCAUCAGCCACGCCAUCGCCCGGGCCUGCACCUCCGGCGACCUGCCGGGCUGCUCCUGCGGCCCCGUCCCAGGUGAGCCACCCGGGCCCGGGAACCGCUGGGGAGGAUGUGCGGACAACCUCAGCUACGGGCUCCUCAUGGGGGCCAAGUUUUCCGAUGCUCCUAUGAAGGUGAAAAAAACAGGAUCCCAAGCCAAUAAACUGAUGCGUCUACACAACAGUGAAGUGGGGAGACAGGCUCUGCGUGCCUCUCUGGAAAUGAAGUGUAAGUGCCACGGGGUGUCUGGCUCCUGCUCCAUCCGCACCUGCUGGAAGGGGCUGCAGGAGCUUCGGGAUGUGGCCGCCGACCUCAAGACCCGCUACCUGUCGGCCACCAAGGUGGUGCACCGACCCAUGGGCACCCGCAAGCACCUUGUGCCCAAGGACCUGGACAUCCGGCCUGUGAAGGACUCGGAGCUCGUCUAUCUGCAGAGCUCCCCCGACUUCUGCAUGAAGAAUGAGAAGGUGGGCUCCCAUGGGACGCAGGACAGGCAGUGCAACAAGACGUCGCAUGGCAGUGACAGCUGUGACCUCAUGUGCUGUGGACGCGGCUACAACCCCUACACAGACCGUGUGGUCGAGCGGUGCCACUGCAAGUACCACUGGUGCUGCUAUGUCACCUGCCGCAGGUGUGAGCGCACGGUGGAGCGCUACGUCUGCAAGUGAGGCUGCUCCGCUCCUCGGGGACCCUCAGAGGCUGGCCAAGGGGCCUGGAGACGCCCCAUGGAUUUUGGCUUGUGAAUUCCAGAUGCUAGACGUGGAAGGAGGCUUGUCCUUUGCCUCCACUUGGAAACGACCAGGAACAGAAGGCCGGGCCACCCGGGAAAGAGGGCCAGGACAUCAAAGGAAACCGACAAGAUUAAAAAUAACCUGGCAGCCCGAGGCCCUGGAGUGCCCACCUGCUGCCUUCCAGGCGGGUCUAAGAAGCCAGGGGCAUGGGUUUGGCAAGACUGGUACAGACUCGACCUUUCCUAGCCAGAGACCCCAGCCUCCUGGGAAGUGGGAGGUCAGCCUCUCCUCACCAGAAUGUUCUGCAGGCCUAGCCCUCGAGACCCCCGGCCCACCCCAGGGUCUGAGCCUACUGGGCCCACCACAUGGAACCACUAGCUUGGGUUGUAAAUGUUUCUUUGUUUUGUUUUGUUUUUCUUCCUCUGGGAUGUGGGAGCUACAGAAAUAUUUAUAAAACAUAGCUUUUUCUUUGGGGUGGCUGGCCUCAAUUCCUCUUUAUAUAUUUUAUAUAUAUAAAUAUAUAUAUAUAUAUAUAUAUAUGAUGAUCUGUAUUUUAAACAAGCUCUUUAAACAGCUGUAUGAAAUAAAUGCUGAGAACCCCAGGCCGCCCCUGCAGUUUCUGGCCUCCUCAAGUGAGCUCAGAGGAUCCUGGGGCUGGUUGGGUGAAGUCUCCGGUUCCCAGGCGAGGCGGCGUCCAAUUGAUGUUUCCCACACGCUCCACCACCCAGCUCAGGCCCCAGCCUCCUUGUAAGAUCUCCCGGUCAAGGGCGAGGACAGACGUCUUGAAACCCAAACCCAGCUGGCAGACUCUUUGUUCCCCAGGGACACACAUGCAGGCGCACAUAGCCUGGCUGUGUCAUCAGACCUGCUAAGUGGCUUCAAGAGAAAACCUACCCGGGAGCUGGGAAUGCAGACCUCAGGGGGCUGGUGGCAGAACCACGCCCCAGCUAGCCCUAGCAGGGUUUCUGUGUGAAACCUCUGGGGAGGGCUUCUCCCUCCCUAGCCUCAGUUUCUCCGUUUGUAAAGCUGGUGGUGGAAAUAAAGGGGUGGUUGGAAAAGACCCCCAGCUUCA